AUGCCGAAAGAACCACUCUCUGCUCGGCGUUUAUGCGUAAGCGGAGGUGCUUCUGGUGCUGAUUUUGAGUGGGUGUCUGUUGCAGUUAAAGUUUGCCAGGUUGAGAUUAUUAGUUUUGCAGGUCAUUGUUGUUCCUCAGUAAAUGGAGCAGUCGUGAAAUGCUUAUCCCCAAUUCAGCUCCGAGAGGCUGAUCCUAAAUUAGAAGAAGCUAAUAUUUAUUUGAAGAGAAAUAAUUACAAGUUGGAUCUUCUACGUCGCAAUUAG